AUGUCUCAUCCCGAAACUAUUGUCGUGAUUGGAGCGGGUGUAAUCGGCCUCUCGACAGCACUACUCAUUCAACAACAUCUUAACACCGCCCAAUCUAUAAUAGUGGUAGCCCGAGACUUCCCGUCUGAUACUUCCAUCAACUAUGCAUCCCCGUGGGCUGGGGCCCAUUAUCGUCCAGUACCGGGCACUUCGCCACAAACGCUUCAAGAAGCCAGUCAAGCCAAGCGAACCUAUGACUACAUGAAGCAGGUCGCUAAUGAAGAGCCGGCUGCGGGAAUCAAGUUUCUCAAGGGUAUCGAGCACCUCGAGGCACCACCGCCGGAAUACGUAGAUGCCCAAAGCGUUAAAAAUGUUUACUCUCAUCUGGAUGGCUUCCGGUUCUUAUCCACUGAGGAUUUCCCAGAUGGCGUGAAGUGGGGUGUGCAGUAUAAGACAUACGUUGUCAAUACUCCUGUCUACUUGGCGUACAUGCUGCGAAAAUUCAUUCUGAAGGGUGGCUCUGUGGAGAAGUAUGUUCUGACUAAUGUGAGGGAGGCAUUUACUCUGGCACCAAACGUCAAGACAGUGGUCAAUUGCUCGGGUGUUGGAUUUGAGGACCCGAAAUCCUUUAUCAUCCGAGGACAAACUUGUCUCGUUCGUAACCCUGUCUCUGAGACAAUCACCCGUCAAAACACUGACGGAUCUUGGUCGUUCUGUAUUCCACGACCACUUGAUGGUGGCACGAUCAUCGGCGGCACCAAGCAGCCGCACAACUGGGACCAUACUCCGUCUCUAGACACCAGAAAAACUCUCCUUUCUAUCGCUUCAAAGUGGUUCCCAUUCACCGCAGAGAGUGAUGGCCAAUUUGAUGUUAUUCGAGACAUAGUAGGACGUCGACCUGCGCGAGAAGGCGGCAUGCGUAUUGAAGUUGAGAAGCUAAUCAAUGGCAAAUAUGUUGUUCAUGCAUACGGUGCUGGUGGGCGUGGAUGGGAAAUCUCACGAGGUGUUUCUGAAGAUACCGUUGACUUGAUGUUGGAGAGUGGACUGUUGCGUGCCAAAGCAGCAUUGUAA